AUGGGAGACAGCAUGAUAGGUCUGAAAGAUGAGGAAACCAAAUUAAUCAAAACUCUUAUCACGCAAAAAUAUUGUCCUGAUAAGAUGGCCAUCAACAGCCUCAUCGGCAUGCCUGGCCUCGGGAAAACAACCCUGGCUUGGAAGGUUUACCACGACGAAGAAAUCCAACGGGAGUUCCCCACCCGAAUAUGGGCCUCCGUCUCCCAAGAUUUCAACCCGAGAACCAUCUUUCUUGUCAUCCUCCACGAAUUCACGAGCAAGGACAUGUCCAAAGAGACGACAUCUGACCUGGCCAAAGCUAUUCGUGCGUCUCUACAAGAGAGGAGGUUCCUUUUGGUCCUGGACGAUGUGUGGACUGCUGAGGCAUUGUCUACAAUCACGUCUGCCUUGCCAGAGGACAACAAGAGGGGUCGAGUCCUUGUCACCACCCGUAAUCACAAUAUCUUUAACCGGAUCGAACAUUUUGAACGUUAUGAUUAUCCCCAGAGGCUGCGUUUCUUGACGAAUGACGAAGGUUGGCGACUCCUUCAGUUCAAAGUAUUCGGGAAGGACAUGCAAUGUCCUCCGCAGCUGCAAGGGCUGGGGAGACAUAUAAGCGAACGAUGCCAAGGAAUACCGAUGCUGUUGCUGAUGAUAGCAGGGAUUCUUGGGGACUGCGUCUCAAAAGCAAAAACAAGGGUUGCCAUCGUGAAGUCGUGGAUAGAGCUAUCCCAAAGCCUGGACAAGUACACUCGUGGUGGAUCCGAUGUUUUCAGGAGUGUUUUGGAAUUGAGUUAUGAUAGAAUCAAUGGUGAGGUCAAGACGUGCCGGAUUCAUGACACAGUGCAUGACUUCUGUAAAGCGGAGUCUGAGGGGAAAGAGCAUCUCUUCCAAGUGUUGAGGAAAAAUGCCGAUGGAACUUUCAUCAAACCUUCUCAAAACAAUCAGCACCGCCGUAUUUGCAUUCAUUCCAAUGUCCUGGAGUUCUUCUCUCCAGGGCCGUACGUCCCAGCCACUCGUUCUUUCUUUUCUUUCUCCGGAGAAGAAAUCGCCUUGCCGACCGAGGACAUCCCAAAAAUCCCGGGGGCCUUCGAGUUGGUGAGGGUUUUACAUGUGAAGCCCCUCGUGUUCAGAAUAUUCCCACUCGGGCUGACUCAACUCAUGCUUCUCACGUACGUGGUCCUGUCUAGUGACUUCAAAGUCCUUCCGGAAGCCGUUUCCAGGCUAAGCAACGUGCUGACUCUCGUAAUCCAUACAUCGUCUCGUACUUUGGCAAUCAAAGCCGAUAUUUGGAGGUCGAUGGUUCACCUGAGAGACUUGAAGACAAACACAUCAAUUACCCUGCACAAAAAACCAGCAGCUGGCAACCGAGGAGGCCAACAUCUUCAGACGCUGGCCAACAUAUCACCCGGAGAUUGCACUCUCGACUUGUUCGAGCGGGCACAUCACCUCAAGAAAUUAGGCAUUCGGGGGAUACUUGCCACUAUGAAUUUCGACAACUUAGGAGUACUAAAUGACCUCGAGAAUUUGAAGCUGCUGAAUGAUGACAUCCAUGAUAUCAUGACCCCACUCACCCUUCCUCCUCCAGACAAGUUCCCCCCGAAACAUAGGAGCUUGACGCUAUCUGCCACUUUUCUCGGUUGGGAGCAGAUGUCUGUUCUAGAAAUGCUGGAGAAUCUUGAGGUGUUCAAGCUGAAAGACAACGCGUUCGUGGGUCGGUGCUGGGAGGUGGGCUCCGACGGUUUCCGUAGCCUUGAAGUGCUGCACAUUGGGUACACAAACAUAGUUUCUUGGGAAGCUUCGGAACACAACUUUCCUAAGCUUAAAUGCCUAAUGCUUAGAAACUGCGAGGAACUUGAAUCGCUGCCCCAAGUGCUUGCAGAUGUGGCGUGCCUUGAGACAAUUGUCUUGCACCGGCUCAGUAGAACGGCUGUGGUUUCAGCUAGAAAAAUCCAUCAGCAAAUAUUGCAAAACAGAGGGGACUGUGGAGGAGAAGGCAGGGGAAUUAAGCUCUCCAUAAGUCCACAUUAUGAUUAUGAAUGA